CCCAGGCCGAUGCCGACCCCGGAGAAGAGCCAGGGCCCCCCGGCACGGGCGCCGGCAGGCCGCGCUCAGGCCCGGCUGCCCGGCCCUCCGGCUCAGGCGCUGUUGUGCGCCUGCGGUCUGUGCGUGCUGUUGGCGGGCGUGAACGUGACGCUGGUGGGCGCCUUCGCCUCCUUCCUGCCCGGGCACAACGCGCCGCUCUUCGUGGGGCCGGCGCUGCUGGUGCUGGCGCUCGGCUUCUUCGCCGCCUGCUGCGCGUGUAGCCGCCGCGGCCCCGCGCCCCGUUCGCGCUCGGCGGCGGCCGCGGGUCCCGGCCGGGGCGGCGCCGGGCGGGUGGCGCUGGAGAUGGAGAGCAGCGAGCGCACCGCGCAGGACACCACGGCCGUGCAGCUCAGCCCCGCCGCCUCGGCCGCGUCCUCCGGCCGCUCCAGUCCCGGCCCCUCCAGUCCCGGCCCCGGCCCCUUUGCUCUGGACGCCCCCGCGCCUGCGGCCGUCUACGCGCCACGCACCGACGGGGUCCGGCUCGACCUGCCCCGGGAGCGCGUCGCCCCCUAGCGGACCGGGUUCCCGGCCGCCCCGUCUUACCUG